ACAGACUUCCUACGUGAGUAGUUCUCCAAACAGCGAAAAAGGAGGGGAAUGACUACUUGCUCUAAUCCCCCUCCUUGCCCCCCGCCGCCCUUGAUGACCUUAGCCGGGGCUUCACGCCGCCGGCGAGCAUCUUGUUCCCAUCCGCCUCUCCCUCUCAUAGCCAUCGUCCUCCUACUCGUCUUCCCAACUCCUCCCCGCACUUACGCGCUUCGCGUCCCACUGCGCGAGGUCGCCUCCCUCCUCUCCCUCUCCCACUCCCUCCUCACCCGCAUCGCGGUCGCCCGCGCCGACCGCGGGGACGCCGCUGCCGCUGCCCGUGCUCGCCGAAUUGCCUCGCACCUAUCCCUUCUCUCCUCCCGCGGUGCGUGGGCCCUCGGCUGGGACUACCUCCGACACUACGCUUUCUCCUCCGUCGCCGGAUGCGGCUUCUCCUGCGCCACUGCCGCCGCCCGCCUCCUCGCCGCUGCGGCGGAGGCCUCGCGCCUAAAUUCACCCGUCGAUGCGGCCCAGUGGCUGCGCCGUAAUUACGGUGACCUCCUAUCGGCCGCUACUCAGCUCCUAAACGGCCUCCUCUCUGCCUUCUCCGAGCAGGGGCCGCUAAGGGAGGUGGUGUUGGAUCUGAAGUGGGAGGUGGAGGAAGGGGGGUUGCUGAAGGAUUGCCUGCAGGUGGGAGCGAGAGAUUUGGAGGGCUUGCUUAUCAUUGCCAAAGAUCUCAUGUUUGGUGCUUCAAGGGCUUCUUCAGGCCACAGUGAACUCUGAGGUGAGUCCUAACCAAGAAAGUGCAGCUAGUCCAUUCUGUCCUCCACCGAUGGAGAAUGCUUCAGAUCAAACAGUUCACCUACACAAUUAAAGCUGCUCCGGUUUGGCGACUCUGCAUACAGCGCAUCAUGUUAAGCUAUCUUAUCUCUUCGGAAAAAGGUUAAGCUGCCUUAUCAUGUCCAGUUGUUCAUGAGCAGAAAAAUUAAUCCUGCUGUUUAAUGACAUUAUAGCUUUAACUGUGGUUGUAAUAGUCUAAUAAAAUUGUGUUCCUUGUGUC